AUGAGCAACUGGAAAACUACAAUGAAGCUGCUUUACAAUAAUGGAUGCAUCACAACGGAUCAGAUCAAUGUCAAACGGGUAAUCUUUCAAGGAGAUUCAUUCUCACCUCUGCUACUUUGCCUAGCCCUUGUGUCUUUAACAUCAGUUUAUCUGUUUUAUAUUGAUGAUCUAAAAUUAUACAGCAAGAACGAGCAGGAACAAGUUGGAGAACUGAAAAUAGUGAAACAAUUCAGUGAUGAUAUCGAUAUGGAAUUUGGCCGUCAGAAAUGCACUAAAGCCUGUUUGAAGAAAGGUAAACUGACCUCAGCUGGAAACAUAGUAAAAGAUGAGGACACAGAAUUACAAUAG